AUGCGCAAACUGCACAACGUGGUCGGGUCGGAGCAAGUUAGCCAGGCUGAAGCUGCCACUGCCGAACAUGAUUAUGCGGCACAUCCACCCCCAGGUGCGCUUGAUAAAGCCCUUGAGACGAUCAAGGAGUUGGAAGCCAGGCUGGAGAAGAUGGAUUUGUCUCCCAGCACACUUUUUAAUAGUUAUUGCUUUUCUGAUGACCAGAUCCGGUUUUACACAAAAUUCCCAUCUAAGAGUGUGUUCAGGAUCUUCUGGGAGUCCAUUGCACCAUCUGCAUCCCGUCUAGUGUACUGGACCAGAGCUCAGAAAAUUGGAGAUAAAGAAGUUGCUGAACCAAGCCCUGCACGCCGCAUGCCUCUAAUUGAUGAGUUUUUAAUGUACUCAUUCAGGGUUGCAGUGGGAAUGAAGGAGCAGCUCAUUGCUGACAUGUUUAAAGUGAGCAUUUCUACUGUCAGCCGAGUGACCAUCACAUGGGCCAACUACCUUUUCAUUGUGUUCUCGUCAAUUAACAUGUGGAUUAGUCGGGAGAAGGUGAAAGCCAGCAUGCCUCAAAGAUUUGUGAAGCGCUCUCCAAGUGUGCGUGUCAUCCUGGACUGCACAGAAGUUGCUUUAGAGGGGGCAUCAUCACUAACUUUACAGUCUGAAACCUUCUCUGCGUACAAGAACCGCACCACUCUGAAAGGGCUGAUCGGAGUUGCUCCCAAUGGGUUGGUGACGUUUAUAUCACAGCUGUACACUGGCUGCAUCUCCGACAAAGAGAUCACUAAAAUCAGUGGAAUUCUUCCGCUGCUGGAGCCAGGAGAUGAAGUCAUGGCAGAUAAGGGCUUCCUCAUUCAAGACCUCCUUGAUGAAGUUGGGGCCAAACUCACAAUGCCACCUUUUCGACAUCCUGGAAGAGCAGGGAAGUCUGGAGCUGUGUGGUGUAUAAUGAUGACGUCGCAGGACUUCUCAGGUGGGCACUGGUAA